AUGAAUAUGCAGCGUUUCGUGUGCAGACGACUUCCUUGCGCCAUUCACCGUCUGCAUCAGGACGUCCCUAAAAGAUUUCACCUGUCUUUCGCUACCCAACGGCCCUCUCCUCUGCUGCCGUCCACAAAGGACGAAGCUCGGAUUCCUCGAAGGAACGAGGAGCUCUGUGAACGUUUGUCGCCAUUGGCCGAUCUCUGGGGCCUCCCGAACCAUCUCAUGUCACUACAGAAUGAUGAUCCAGAGUACCAUCACGGCUUGAGCUUUCUCAGCAAGGACCAGCUCGCUUCGGUCCUUUCCCUUCCCUUUCCUGACGACAAAACAGGGUGGGAGGAGACUGCUUCGAUUCGCAACGGAUUAUACACUGCCGCCAACCUCUUGACGACCCAACAGUUUGGAGACAAGGUGCAUUAUCGAGGCUUGCUCGAGUUCAGCAACAUCUGUCGAAACGAUUGCAACUACUGUGGCAUUCGCAAGUCUUUCAAAGUACCCAACAGAUACAAACUGGAUGAAGCAACUAUUUUGCAAGUGGCUCACUGGAGUGCCGGUCGCCAGUAUGGGAGCAUCAUGUUACAGUCAGGAGAAGUCGUCACGCCGCAGCGCUUGCGCUUCUUGUGCAAAGUGAUUCGUCGAAUUGUUAAAGAGACGGGCUUAGGCGUCUCGCUCUCGGUGGGUGAGCUUCCCGACGAUUACUACGAGAAGCUGCGACAAGCAGGUGCCAAACGAUACUUGCUGAGAAUUGAAACGUCCAAUCCUACACUCUUUGCACAGUUGCAUCCUCCUGAGCAAACGUUUGAAGCUCGAUUGGACCGAUUGAGAGCACUCGAAAGAGCUGACUUUAUGGUAGGGACUGGUAUCAUGAUAGGGUUGCCCGGUCAGACUACGCUGGAUUUGGCCGACGAUUUGCUGUUCUUUCAAAGAGAGUCGGUCGACAUGAUUGGAAUGGGUCCGUACAUUUUGCAACGCGGAACUCCCACUGCCGAUGAUUGGAUCAAGGAACACCCAGACUUGUCAAGAGCACUCGUUGCAAAAGAAAUGGGAGAAGCAAGUCCGGGCCAAAUCGAGCUACUGGAUGUUCAAGCAGCGCGAAUGUUUGAGUUGACAACACGCAUGGUGGCUUUAUCCCGGCUGCUCCUUGGUGAUGUGAACAUCGCAGCCACCACGGCCUUACAAACUAUUCAUCCAACCGGAAGAGAAGUUGCACUCAUGAGGGGAGCCAACAUUCUGAUGCCAAUCUUGACCCCUACAGAUCACCGAGCGCAUUAUCAACUCUACGAAGAAGAUGCAAGCGGGUUGCUAGACGAUCCAACCACCAAUGGCAGUUUUCUGGUGGAAAUUUUCACAUUUUUCUUGAAAGAGAACAAGUGGCCAGAGAACAUGUUUGCACAAACCGGCAAAAUUUUGCUCGUAAGGAUGAGUAGUGAUUAUCCAUGGGAUCUAAAAGACUAA